CUCGACAACCCUUCAACCCAACAAUAACAGAGUGGCAGCCGCUGCUACUCGAGGAUCAUUAAGAUUGUAAUUUCUUCCUCCACGGUCAGUGCCUUGAUGCCACUGAAGAGCUCGUAAUCCGAGGAGCUGGAGCAGCCACAUCUUCUCAUACACUCCACUUGCUUAGAAUUAGAAUUACCUACCAUUUCCUAGACGCUGCCCAGCCUCCACCAUGCCGGAGUCGGCAUUGAGCGGAGACGCAUUUCGGCCAUGAAGUUUGCAAUUGAGUACAUCAGCAAGGGAGGCGGUCGCAUCGGGAGGCUGACGGGCUUGCAGAGUCAGCCUGGGGCUGUUCACGAAACACCCAUGGUGCUGGUUUCAACGGUGGGAGGCAGUGCUCCUCAUCUUACCCAGGAUGUUCUUCAUCUUGUGGUGGACAAGGAUGCACCACUACAUGUACCGGCUCAGCAUUUUUGUGACCACGUUCAGGUGCUUCAGAAUUACAAGAAAGGAGUUGCACACUUCUCUGCACUUCAGGGUCACAGUGUGUGCGUAAGUGUUCAAGAUGCAGCCAAAGCAACACCUCAAGGAUACAAUCAUAAAAAAGGUGUGUCUCUGUGGACAUAUGGUGGCAGACAGAUCAUCACGGCUGACAAGUACAUGGACUUGAUGGAGGCUAUGCAGCCAGACUGGUAUGAGGCCCUGAAUGAUGCUGAUCCAGGGAUAGGUUCAUCUAAGAAGAGAAUAUUAAAUUCCACAACUUCAUCAAUGGAAUACCUAAAGCAGUGCAUAACACUGCACAAAGCUUCCCAGAAACUAAAGGGAUCAGCAUUAUUUGCGCCUCUGCUAGGCGGUCGGAGUGAGAAAGCUAGAAAUGGCUGGUCUAAAUCUUUGAUGAGCACUACAGUGGAUAAGUCUGCUAUAUCAGGUUACACAAUUGUUGGUCUUCACACUAAUGGACCUGAAGUGGAGGACCUUCAACCUGUGAAUGUUUCUAACAUUGUUAAGGCAUCUUUGGAACCCCUGGCUGCAGAGCUUCCCCGUCAAACAGCGGGGAUGUGGAAUCCCUUAACUGUACUCCAGUUGGCACACCUUGGAGUGGAUAUCUUUGAUUCUACAUUCCCUUUCCUUGUAACGGAAAGAAGAGGAGCUCUUACAUUCCCCUUUAGAUUAAAUAGAAGACAAAACGAUGGAGCAUAUUCCAAAGGCAGCUGUUUAGAACAUCAGAAUAAAAAAUUAAAGGUAUCUGAAGACAGUCCAAAGGCAAAGGCGGAAGAAGAGGUUCCAAGACAAGAUAACAAGAUUAGGGAGUCUGAAGACGAGGAGUUAUCAUCUCCAUAUGAAAUAAACAUGAAGAAUAAAAGCAAUGUGUCACUGAUGAAGCCGUUGUUAGAAGGAUGUGAAUGCUAUACCUGCAAGAAUUUCACCCGUGCGUAUGUCCAUCACCUGACCAUCGCAAAUGAAUUGCUUGCACCGGUCUUGCUGAUGAUGCACAACCUACAUCACUGGAUGGACUUCUUCUCUAGUAUAAGAGAAGCAAUCAAGACUGACCGUUUAGAGGACCUCCAGACACUGAUAACUACCUCAGUCUUUGAGUCCAAUGAGGUAUAGCUCUUAUUUCAUCGUACUGUAAGGCUUAAAAUGAUUCUUUUGGUACUAUUUAUCGUGUGCUAUAAAUAUUUUACACUUGUCACUUUAAACAAAAAUUUUUUUUACAUCCUUAAACAUGAGGAUAUAGGUACAAAGCCUCAUAUUGGACUCCCAUGGGACCAAUUGUGUGUGACUAGUUAAUGGUGCAGGUCGGACCGAAAUGUCGUCAUCAGUUUCUUUCUUCGGGUUAUUUGUGUACUGAAUUUCUUUAUUUUAAGCGACUAAGUAAAUUUACUGUUCUAUUGUAGGUCAGGUUUUCUGAAUAGACUGUGUAGUAGCAAAUAAUGUUAAAUAAUGUGAAAAGCCACAGCAGUAUUGCAAAGAAUUCACUGCUUGUCACGUACAGUGUAGCAUUUUUAUCAGAAAAUUCACUCAGCUGAGUGUGUAGAAUAUGGCUUUUAAUGAACCAUUACUGCAUAAUGUGUGCAAAUAUAAUGGUUGUUCUCUCUGGCUUACUAGUGACUUGUAAACAUAUAGGCUACUGUAUCACAUGUUUUCAAAAACAAAAAGGUGACUGGAAUAAUAUACGUACGCACAAAUAACCAGAUCAGAACUUUGUCAUAAGCUUCUCUUUCCUAUGUUCGGGUGAUUUGUAUAUCAUGUGUUUUAAUCAGGAAAAAUUGAUUUCAUAAAAUGCAUUAACUUCUCUUAAUUUUCAGUUGUACUGAUGAUUUAAACCAAAAUUAGUACAAAUUUAAUAAUAUUUAUGCUUUUAGGGAGAUGGGCUGCUUCCGGACCUUAUUUCAGCUUAAAAUGGCUAGAGAGUGACACAGACUACUUAACAAUGCCUGACCAGUCCUGAUCAAUUAAUUUUAGCUGAGAUAUUUUAACAAAUAUCUCUUUUUUUUUUUUAAAGGUUAUAUGUAUUUGAGUGUCCUGACUUUGAAAUUUUGUAUCUCUAAAAUUUAAGUCAAGUUUUCAAAAAUGAGCAAAUGGUAUCACUUUGCUUUUUGCCUUAUAUAAUUUUAGUAAAAAAAGAAGAGAUGAGUUAGUGAACUCUUGGAUAGCAAUAAUGGUAAUAGUACUGACAAAAUGUUAGGCAAGUGGACACAGAUGCAGCUAAUGUGACGUUUUAUUGUGGCAACCUUUCGCUCUACAGGAGCUUUGUCAAGCCAUUACAGCUUGACAAAGCUCCUGGAGAGUGAAAGGUUGCCACAAUAUAACAUCACAUUACUUGCACUUGUGUCCUUUUAUCUAACAACUCUUGGAUAUUGUUUGCAAGGAAGGGGCAACAAAUAUCUACAUAUUUUGAGGGGUUUCCUCAGUAAUGAUUUGCAAUUUCAUAUUCUUUAAAGAAUAUAUGUCGACUGACAUGCAAUGCAGGAUUUUAUACUAUUCCUUGUUAAUUUUUUUGAACGAUGUUAGAGAAUAUAAAUGCACUAAGAGUUGAACAUUUGAAUGUUUAUCUUUAUACUGAAGGAAUCAGUGUAGCAACAUCACUACACAUUACAUUGUGUCUCUGAAGAUUGAAUUGUAUUUGUCAAAUACAUUUAUACUGUACAAAGAA